CCUUCCUCCCACUCAACGCUACCUUUAGCUACAACAGUUACCGGGUUCCGUAUUUACAAUUUACUUCACCCCUAGCUAAGGCACCGAGAUCUCCCACCAAACCAAAAAAACUCAAACCUAAAAGAAGGAAACAACAAACGAAGAGAUCAUGGCCGACCGACCCCACCGCGGCCGCGGCGGGUCGAGGGGAGGAGGUGGUGGUCGCGGCGGAGGCGGGCCCGGCCGGGGAGGCGGCGCCGGAGCAGCAGCAGCAGCCCCCGGUGGGGCAGGAGGAGCAGCAGGACAGGAAAGGCCCAAGAAGGAAAACAUCCUGGACCUGAAAAAGUACAUGGACAAGCGGAUCACGGUCAAGUUCAACGGCGGACGGGAAGCGAGUGGUGUUUUGAAGGGGUACGACGCGCUGAUGAAUUUGGUCUUGGAUGAGGUGGAGGAAUUGCUCAGGGACGACGAAGGAAACGAGAUGACCAGACCGCUGGGCCUAGUGGUUGUGCGCGGAACCCUACUAGUGGUGGUGAGCCCGGUGGACGGAAGUGAGGUGAUAGCGAACCCGUUUCUGCAAGACGAUCAAGAUUGAAUGGGGGAAUUGGAGCCAAGAGAAGGAUGACCCGUCGAGGAGUAUGUUACGAAGGGUUGCAUGCACUAGCUGGAGAGAAUCACCAAGGAAAGCCGGGGCAUUCGGCGACGCGCCGUCGCGCCGGAAACGGCUUUGCUUCGGCCUGGCGAUCGCUGUGUGGGAACUAGCAGACCGCAGACAGCAGACGGCAGACGGCGGUAGGGGUUGAGAUCAUGCCCCCAGGUCUGCUCUUCCUACGGCCGACAUGGCCAGAGCCAGUAUUACGCUGGCCAAAGGACAAGCGGCUGGUCUAGGUACCAACAGGAAUAGAGCCGAGUUCUCUCAACGUACUCUUGGCCACGCAUUAUGCAAUCGGCCAACAAGCUACAUCACAAGCCCAUAUCAGCAAGUGUAGAAUAUAUAUUGCGUUGGAUUUUAUUUUCUCGGUCUCAAACGACGCGCGC